GUCACAUGGUGCUAAUUCCCACCAAUAUUAACUGCUAGUUUGAUACUCCAACAUGUACCACAUUGUGUUGUUAGAGCUACCACAGAGGCCUCCCAGGGACAUGCAAGCCCCGAGGUUGUUGCCAAUGCCUUUAAUGCGCGGCAGAGUGGAAACUUUCAAAGGAACGAAGGCCCUCCUGUGAGGUUGGAAACAAAAUUGUUGUACCCAAUCAUCCAUCUGGAUGUGGGAGCUUUGAAGGGGAAGAGAGAAUAUUCAGAACUGGUAAAUGGAUUUGCAUGGGGUUCAGAACUGAGCCAACUUCUGAAAUAAUAUCCCUCAACUUGAAUAGAUGGCUCUUCAGCAGCCUCCACAUGCUUUUAAUAUCUCCCUAGUCGCGGAUAGGAGAUUGUGUCUAAAUGGAACACCCUGGAUUUGGCAUCUCCUGGAAGAGUGUGUCGGGAAUGCGUGGGAGUAUUGGAGUGUUGUCAUAGGCCUGAUCUCCAUUGUCUGCUUUCUGUUUGCUGCACUACCUCAACUGUAUGUUGCCUAUCGGAAUGGAAAAGUGGAUCAAGCGCUUUCCUUGGGCUUUCUGCUAUGCUGGAUUGCUGGAGACCUCACUAGUUUUAUUGGGUGCUACUUGACAAAUCAACUUCCAAUACAGAUAAUCACUGCCAUCUUUUAUAUUAACAUGGACAUUAUUAUGAUAUCCCAAUUUGCCUAUUAUAAGCUAAAAAAUCAGAAGGUGACAAAAUGUGGCAUAAACUUGAAGAGCUGUUGUGUCAUCUGGGUCUUGAUGUGCAUCGUACUCUGUUUGAUUUUACCUGGUCCAUUACUGCUGCGGAACCAAGGCCAGAAUACUCUUUCAGGAACAAGUGAGAAGUCUCAUGGCAUGAUUGAGAUGUCAGGAUUUGUGUGUGGCUACAUAUCGUGUCUCUUUUAUUUGGGAUCUAGAAUUCCCCAGCUGUAUAAAAAUUUCCAAAGAAGAUCCACAGAAGGCACCUCUUAUCUGCUUUUUGCUUUAGCCAUGAUGGGAAACUGUACCUAUGGGCUAAGCAUUGUCUUAAAGAUACCUACGACACAGCAUCUCGUAAAUCUUUAUUUCUGGCAUCAUCUCCCCUGGCUUAUUGGGAGCUUUGGGGUUUUGUUUUUAGAUAUUUUUAUAACUGCGCAGUUUAUUUUAUAUCGCAAGCGGAAUGAGAGAAGACCCAGCUUGGUGGCCUUGGAAGUUGAACCUCUGCUCAUAAAUGAAGAUUCCUAACCUCCAUAUUUUUUGCAGCGUUUCAUUCUGAAGUCUGGAAGGCUUUUCUUAAGCAAGGGGUGAUGCUCAUUAAAGACUCAACAUACUAUCAGGUGGUUACGCUUGGACAGAUACAAUAUUACAAAAGAGGGCAACAGCCAAAGCUAAAGUUCCAGGGUAUUGUUUGAGCUUCGGUUACUGGACUUCAAGAAGAGCUAACUCUUAAAGGGAUUGUCCAUCUCAGGAAUAAAGUCUAUUU